AUUUAGACCAAGGUCCAAAGCAUCAAUUGUCGCCAUCCCUUCAAAUUAGGGUUCUUCACGUGUUUGUUUUUAAGGAUUCUCCAUUUAUUCCUUUUUUUCUUCAUCCUAAUCGUCGAUCGAAACCCUAACAUUUGUAGAAUUAGAUAACGAUGACGGGAAAAGCAAAGCCAAAGAAGCACACAGCGAAGGAAAUCGCUGCGAAGGUGGACGCAGCGACGACCAACAGAGGCGGUGGAAAGGCCGGAGUUGCUGAUCGCACCGGCCAGGUGAAAGGCGGUCAUGCUAAGUAUGAGUGCCCUCAUUGCAAGAUUACCGCACCGGAUGUUAAAACGAUGCAGGUUCAUCAUGAUGCUAAGCACCCUAAGAUUCCCUUUGAUGAAUCUAAAAUCAGCAACCUCCAUGCCAUCCUUGCACCUGUUGCUGAUACAUCGAAACCUCGCCCUGGUGUUCGUGGCAGCCUCAAGAAGAAUGAAAAGAUGCCUGAGAAGUGAAGGGGGGCAAAGAUAUCAACAAGAAAUGGUGGGGUUGCUUUUUCCAUUGGAACUCGGGAUUUGGGAGCAUCUCAUAUAUUGAUGGGCAUUCCACCAACUGAAAACACAAAAGGAGAGAACUGAAUCGCCUUCAUUUUUAUAGCUAAUGAAUCUUUUGUUUCAAGUCACGAUUAUUUUAAAACAGGAG